AUGCAGUUUGUACGUUUCAUCGGAACAGCAGUGACAACCUCGAAUGCCCGGAAGGACGACGACACAGCAGACCGACUGAGCUACCGUUAUGCCUCCACAUUGCUGGUGUUGUUUGGAAUUGUGGUGAUAACUCGGAGUUAUGUGGGUGAGCCAAUCCACUGCUGGUGUCCGGCCAACUUCCCAGGUAGAGAGGAUGAGUGAGUGGCAGGACAGUACAUAUCCUACGCCAACUCGAUCUGUUGGGUGAAGGGGACUUACUACCAGUCCCUCGACAGGAGACUGCCCUCGACGGAGAUAUUGCAGAGGGACAGCACUCUGGCCUACUACCAGUGGAUUCAGUUCAUUUUCAUAUUCCUGGCACUCCCCUUCUACAUCCCCAUCAUUGUGUGGCGAGCCUAUGUGGCCAAUUCGGGCAUCAACCUCAACAAAAUCAUCGCCACCUGCAUAAAGGCUCAAAACGUGGAGAAGAUUGUCGACAAGGACAAAUUCACAACCACCGUGGCCGGGGAGAUCGACAAUUACGUCCUCCGCAGAGACCAUGUCCUAUCACGGGGAAAGACCCUGGCAGUGACGGCCAAGAUUAUGACACUGACGGGGGGGAGACGACAUGGGAAUUAUCUGUCCAUUUCCUACUGUGUGACUAAAAUACUCUUCCUGGUGAAUAUUAUCAGUCAGUUCUUCAUUCUCAACGCUUUCCUGGGCUUCCAGUUCAAUAUGUAUGGAUUCAAGAUACUCAACGAAUAUGCCCACGGAAGGGAGAUCAACGAGUCCUCCUUCUUUCCCCGUGUGACGUACUGUGACUUCACUGUGAGGGAAAUCAAUCGGCCACACACAUACACUGUCCAGUGUGUUCUCCAAGUCAAUUUAUUCCUUGAAAAGAUUUUUGUGGUGCUGUGGCUGUUGUAUUUGCUGGUGUCUGCCUACACUGUCUACUCUUGUGUCAACUGGCUAUAUUACUAUGUAUCUGUCCGACAGAGGACUCGGUAUGUGUCCAGCUACAUUCGGAAGGGCAGUCAGAAUCCUUCCCUUCUUCGUCUGUUUGUGAAUGACUAUUUGAAGGAUGACGGAUUCUUCAUUUUCAAACUAAUUUCUCACAAUGUGAACAAUAUGGUUGUCGACGAUGUCAUCAAUGCUUGCUGGGAUACCUACCGCAAGAGAGAGGAACCACUCGAUGAUAAAAUCUCCUAUCCCCCUCUUCAGUAUUAGUUAGUAUAAUUAUUCAU